AUGGCUUCUCGAGUCCCACUUUCUUUCAUCCAAACCUUUGCUCUCCUCACCCUCUUCGCCGCCUCUUUCCGGUUCGCCCUCGCCGAGAAUGACGGUCACAAAGGAAACGUCUACUUCAUGAGCGACAACAUCCAAGGUGCCGGCUUUUACAACGCCUUUGAGUGGGAGAACAUCGCGGAUCCCACUCAUGGUAGGGUCAACUAUGUCGACAUGGAGACUUCCAAGCAGCAGAAUCUUACCUUUGCUGUCGACGACAAGUUCAUACUCCGCGCCGAUUCGACUAGCUUCCUCGAUCCCAAUGGUCCUGGCCGCAACUCCGUUAGGAUUCGCUCAUGGAAGACCUACACCACCCAUGUUGCUGUCUUCGACGUCAAGCACAUGCCUCAAGGUUGCGGAACAUGGCCAGCCAUCUGGGAGGUCCAAGGCGACAACUGGCCCAACGGCGGUGAGGUCGACAUCUUGGAAGGCGUCAACGACGAAGGUCCCAACGCCGCCACCCUCCACACCAGCCCUGGAUGCCGGAUGCCCGCUUCGAGGAGCGACCAACGGGGAAUUCGAGUCCUGGACAACUGCGAUGCGACCAUCAACUCCAACAUCGGCUGUCCAGUUCAAUUCCCUACCCCUCAGAGCUACGGUCCCGCAUUCAACGAGAUUGGUGGUGGAUGGUAUGCGAUGGAGCGCUCGCCGACCUACAUUAAGAUCUGGUUCUGGGCUCGGGAUGAUCCUUCUGUCCCCGACGAGGUCAAGUACGCAGCUGGCGUCGUUAACCCUGAUCACUGGGGCCUCCCAACUGCGUUCUUCCCCGACAACCAAUGCAACAUGAACGAGCACUUUGGUCCCCACAACAUCGUCAUCAACCUCACCUUCUGUGGCGACUGGGCUGGCCAGACGUACGAACAAUCAGGUUGCCCUGGGACCUGCGUCGACUUCGUUAACAACAACCCGUCCGCUUUUGAGAAGGCGUUCUUUGACUUGCGGGGAAUCCGGGUGUACCAGAAGUAA